AUGAGUGAUCGCAGCCAGCUUCGUCCAAAGAAGCGGGGCCGGUCAGCAUUCACGGAUAACACAUUCGCGCCUGAUCAGAUAUACGAUCCAGAAGACGGCCGAAGCCGGGACAUCUGGCUUUCACCAGAUCUUCCCUGUGCGACUGAUCAGAGGGACUGUCGGCGCGCCUUUGAGCGAUCUGAGGCUGUCCAUUAUCGGCGCUAUCAUCGAAAACUGUUGGGCCAUCGUAAGGCAUUCAGCCAGCCAUCCAACACCAAGAAGGCCAUAAGCGACAGUGCAAUAACCUUCCGCCUCGAAUGCCGGAGCCUACACGCCGCCUCGACUCAAUUUCUGAGAAAGAGGCGAUGGCGUGAUCGCAGCAGACAGAGCAGAGCUUGUGCGAUCACAAGACACGUAGUACACAGGCCACAGCCAAAAACCUCCGUCAGCCCAGCCAUCGGAGAAUUACGGAUCCAGGUGUUGCCCCGCAGGCAACAGCUCCCGUGUCUCAUUGGCCCCAAAGCCGGCCAAAACGCAUCUCGGAACCUAGGACCGCCUCUCUCCCCAGAAAGACGCACGUUCAGGGCGGCUACCGUCAACGGCCGUCCGAUCCGGAGGUUCCGGAAAGAGUGGGUUUCCCCCAGAAAUCGAAGAAUGCGCAGAGCUUGGAAAAGUCAGCUGAAAAGGCGUCGCUGCGGGGUCGAUGCAGGCGCGAUGCAGGCGGUAGAUCUCUUAGCUCGGGGGGGGGCUCGAAAAAAAGCCUCUGCUCUGAAUUGCAUGUUAAAGCUGUCAGAAAUCCGUGACCUCCUGAUGCCAUUCGUGAAAGAAUUGAGACCCUCGAGCAAAGUCGGCAACAUUGGCCGAGCUCUUGCAGGGAGCUUAUGCCAGGCUCUGCGGAAUGAUUUUCGUCGUAUAUUGCCCGUGAGUGGUCGGUCUUGUUUUCCGAGCCCCACAUUCCUGAGAGUGAAAUGUUUCGCAAUCUGUGGGGAAAGACCCUGCAUGUAUGCGGCUAGCAAGAUCUGGUAUAUCAGAUCAUUGGCUCGAGCGCAGCACCUCCCUGCAGGAGAGCUCUUUGGGAAUAUCAGAUCAAAUAGAUGCAAUUUCUUGAGGAAUUCAGAUCAUCCGGCAAUGGGCUGGAUUGCACUGCCAUAG